UUCGUGUUUCGGAUGUUACUAGGAAUGAGGGGCGGGGCGGUGCGGGCAGCACUUGUGCGGCCCAAGGGUCACUGCAACGGGUGCGGACCGGCGCGCGCGCCCGCGCCACAGUAGCGAUGUAUAUCAUCAUGUAUUUCUACAUGGGGCUCGUCAGUGUUGCUUCUAUCGGCUCGCUUGAGCGCGGCCACGUCGACGAUCACAUGAUGCAGCAGCAUCUCAGGAAGGCAGACCCUGAUGUCGUGCAGAGUGAGCCUGCACCAAUGCCCCCCGUCGUCGUCCAGGAAACGGAUGACGGUGUGGGCAAGUUGCAUGUUGUGGUCGAAUUCGACGAGAACAGCACAACACAGUCACGCCAGGCGCAAGACCCAUACACCGUGUAUGGUACUGCAGGCCAUUGCUCGAUUUGCGGCAGAUCAGGGUACAACUGCCUCGGCCAAAACGGCGACUACGAUGUGGCAUGGGCUAGUGUGAAUUUCGGCGGCGUCAACCUGGGCACGGUCACCAAGUGGACAGUAACGGCAUACGGAGCCAAGUGCAGCGUGGGGACUCUGUCAAUGUUUUUGUCAGGCACGACCGCCUCAGGAUACUGUGGUUCUCCGACGGAUUGCAGUUGCGGCGUGUGCCUCGCGUGCACCGCCUCGAGCGCAACGUACCCGAACGGCAUCCCGAACUGGAAUUGGGGUAGCAACUCCAUCAGUCCCGGUUAUUCCGCGAGUGCUUAUUGUGCAUCCAGGUUGGAGAUCGACAUUCAGCACACGGCGGCGACACCCAACCCGACGCCCUACCCCACGCCCUACCCCACGCCCUACCCUACGCCCUACCCCACGCCCUACCCCACGCCCAACCCCACGCCGAGCCCGACGCCCAACCCGACGCCCAACCCGACGCCCAACCCGACGCCCUACCAGACGCCAGCGAUGGGCGGGGCUGGAGCCGGCGCAUCUGUGGCUGCUACUGGCGAUCCGCAUUUGCAGAACAUUUUUGGUGAGCGGUUCGACCUGAUGCAGCCUGGCAAGCACGUUUUGAUACAGAUUCCGAAGGGAGCGUCUGCCGAGACGACAUUGAUUAAUGUAGAGGCCUUGGUACAACAAUUGGGUGGACAUUGCGCAGACAUGUACAUCCAAGAAGUGAAUAUCACAGGGGCAUGGGCGGAGGCGAGGCAGGCAGGCGGUCUUCGUUUUCAAGUUCAGAGGAAGGGGAUGAGUUGGACAAAACUCGGGGAGUUAGAACUGAAAGUUGUCCGUGGGCACACACAGCAGGGCACCCAGUAUCUGAACUUCUACGUCAAGCACCUCGAUCGUGUUAGGUUCACCAUCGGAGGGUUGCUGGGAGAAGAUGGUCACACGCAGGCGUCGAUGGGCACGGCAGCUUGCGUUCGGCACCUCUCCCUCUGAUGCAGGGGGCUACUGUCGCUUGCCCACAAUGAGUACGUCCAGCAUGAAUCGGGAGGUUUGCUUCCGCUUUCCAUGCGUCGAUGCGUACGUUAGCUUGCGUUCCGCACUUCUUUCAAUGUAGGGGAAUAAAGCCGCUUACCCGAGAUCAGUACGGUCAGCAUGGAUCGGUCGGUUUGCGUCCGAUGUCCAUGAACCAAUGCGCACGACGGUUUGCGUUCUGCGUUGUUUCAUUAAUACCGUCCCCGCGAUGGGUACGGUCAGCAUGUAUCGGGAGGUUUAAUUCCGCAUCCCAUGCUCGGUCCGCAGAAACCAUGUUCGGUCCGCAGACAUUCGGCCUAGAACAACAACUAAGCCUCGCGAGCUGUUCACCCCUCCAUUGAAGAAGGGAGUCCGCAAUUACGUUUUGCCACCUCGGAGGCCGACACAGAUUUGGUACUCGGAUGGCGGACGCACAGUAGCCUCUCGCUACCAACGAUCCUGAUUAUUUCUCCUGGCAGGAAUGGCUGCGG